AUGGCAUCGAUAGCACCGACUAGAAAUUCAGAAAAUGGUGGUCAACCUGUACCUACGAUAAAGCGACAUCCAUCCAAAUCUACUUCGGCCAGUGCCAACUCCGCUACUGGAAAGAGAGUUCCAAAAGGUGCACAGCAGCAACAGCAGCAACAGCAGCAACAGCAACAACAGCCACUCAAAUAUACAAUAAGGUUACUACCUCCUGGUUUAAAAGAAGUUGAAUUUUUGAAUCAAUUGGCAAAUAUUUACCCACACCAUGCAACAAAGAUUCACCUGCAUUACUUUGUUCAAGGAUCUUAUCCACUGACGCCAUUCGAACUACCGGUGUAUAGUAGAGCAUACGUCAGCUUCCGAAAUGUUAAUGAUUCAUUGGAAUUCUGUUCGUUUGUGAAGAACAAGCCAUUUCAAGACGGGAAGGAUUCUAUUAUUCCAAUUGUGGAAAAGUCAAUUUUCCAAAAAAUGAUAUCACCAGAGGGAAAGGGAGAUUCACGGAGGGCUUCGCAGACUGACAAAAGCUCUAAUAGUUUGGAGGAGGAUGAAAUUUAUAAAAAAUUCCUUUUGUAUUUGGAGAACGGGUUGGAGAAUUUCGAUUUGAAAAAGAUCCACAAAGGGUUGAGUAAAAAGGGUAAAGAAAAGCCCGAGAAAGAUCAACCAGCAGCAGUAGCUAAAGGAAAACUGAAUAAGAAAAGCAAGAAGGAGAAGGAGCUGGCAAAGGGUAAAGGUAAGGAAAAGGAUAAGGAUAGUGCUAAUGAUAAGGACAAAGAGAAGCAAAAGAAAGUGAAAGCAAAGAAAAAGCAAAGUACAACUGACAAGGAGAAGGAGUUAGGAAAGGAAACAGAUAAAGGUUCAGACAAAGGGAAAGAGAAGGAAAGCAAAAACAAAAAAAAAAAGAAGAAGCCCCGUACUCAAGAAUCGGGAAAUAAAUCCACAGACAAAGACGCCAACAAGAGAGAUCAACCCUUUUCCACAACCAAAAAUACCGAAACAAAGAAAGAUGCUCCGUCAGGUGGCUCCAAAUCUCGCUCGAGACAACGUAAUCGAAAGAAAGGCGGUGACAAGAAAGAGAAUGACACAGCUAGCAAUGAAGAUAAGCCAGCAGCUACACCCAAAGAGUUCAAACCUGUCAAGAUAUUGAGCAAGAAGCCCAAUAUAGAUUCAAAUGAUGCAAAUACUAAAACGUAA